AAGAACAAAGAAAGGGCAAAGAAAGAACACAACGUAAUGGUAAUACAAACAACACAUGAUCAAAACAAAAAGAAAAAAAGAAAAGGGGGAAAGGAGUGGGAGAAAAUCUUCUUCACUCAAAUCUUGUAGGGUAUUAGUAUUAUCCUCCCUCCCUCCCUCCCGUGAGUGAGUCUCCAGAUCUUGAGAGACACAGAGAGAGAGAGAGAGGGGCAUUUAUAGAUCUAGGUUUUUCUUUUUUUGGAAAUGUCGUCGUCGGUGCCCUAUCACAUUCCAGUCAGCGCUGCCCAGGUAGGGACUUACUUUGUGGCACAGUACUAUCAAGUAUUACAGCAACAACCCGAGUUUGUCCACCAGUUCUACAGCGAUGCCAGUACUAUGCUUCGUAUUGAUGGCUCUAUCAGAGAAUCCGCUGCUACAAUGCUCCAAAUCCAUGCUCUCAUCAUGUCACUCAAGUAUACUGGAAUCGAGAUCAGGACAGCGCAUGCCCUAGAUUCUUGGAAUGGAGGUGUUCUUGUGAUGGUUUCUGGUUACGUGCAAGUAAAAGGCUUUGAUAAUAAGAGGAAAUUUGUAGAGACAUUUUUUCUUGCCCCUCAGGAGAAAGGCUAUUUUGUUCUUAAUGAUGUUUUUCACUUCACUGACGAACAACCAACUUACCAUCAUCCAGCAGUCUUAUUAGCCCAGAUCCAUCUUGAUUCCAAACUCAAUUCUCCAAGUGCCAUUCCUGAGCCAGUUCCUACCUAUUUAAUGGGUGGAGAAACCCAGGCUAGGGAAUUUGUGGCCCCUGCUGACGCCCAAGAAAAUGGUCCUGUUGACAGCUAUACUUUCCCAGAGAAAAGGUUGCAGCAAGCGUCUGAGUCUGAAAACAUUCUGGAGGAAAACUCUGUGGAAAAGCCAAAUGGCUCACUUAAAAAUACAGCAAGCAAUGCACCAGACCGCCAGCCUGCCUCUGUUGAGGAACCUGCUAGAGAGCCCCAAAAACACACAUAUGCUUCUAUUUUACGUGUUGCUAAGGGGCAAUCUGCUACAUCAGUGACUCCCCAGCCUUCUGUCAAUAAAAAUGUACCUCCUGCUUCAGAAUGGAAUCACGCUUCACAGGCCCCUGUUCAACAAUCAACUGUGAUGUCAGAUUCAUUUGAAAGGCCAGAGGCAGAGACAGCUGAGGAAAUUCAUGAAGAUGAAAUAAGGUCUGUAUAUGUGAGAAACUUGCUGCCUACCUUAUCAGAAGCUGAGAUUGAAGAGGAAUUCAAGAAUUUUGGUGAAAUCAUGCCUGAUGGAGUAGUCAUUCGAAGUCGCAAGGAUGUUGGUGUAUGUUAUGCAUUUGUUGAAUUUGAAGAUAUGGCUGGUGUUCAUAAUGCAGUCAAGGCGGGUAGUGCAAUUGUUGGCGGACGGCAAGUUUACAUUGAAGAGCGUAGACCAAACAGCAACAUCCCAUUUCGAGCAGGAAGAGGAAGGGGUAGAGGCAGGGGUGGCUGCCCAACAGAUGCUCCAAGGGGUGGUUUUAGCUCUCGGAGUUCUGGUAGAGGAGGUAGCUAUGAUGGAGGUGACAGGGACUACAACAGACCAAAAGGAAAUGGUUAUUACAGGCCUGGUCCACGCCAAGAUAGAGGGUUCUCAGGUCACCAAGUAUCAAGAAAUGGACAAGAUCAAACAGAUUAGAUAGUUUAGGCUUCCUAACAAAGGGAGAGCAAAAGUUUUUGGUUUAGCAGUUGCAAAUCAGUCACAUUCACAUUUAUUAGUUUUAAGAAGGAUGUGUUGAUAUUUUCAGGUCAGGUUGAUUUAGAUGUUGCCCAUAUGAAUCACUCUUCUGGGGUUUCUUGAUACUUGUUUCUAGUGAACAUUCAUUAUUCUAGGCAAUAUGUUUGCGAUUUUGAGAUCAUUUGUUUGAUGUGAAUCGAGCACCUCUGGUUGAUGAAGCUCCUUGAGCUGGAUCUAUUUGUUUAUUCAAAUUUUUUCAAUGUUUCUAA